AUGGCUACUCCUACCCAGGUAUUAUUCCUCGCGAAUAGCGAACAUGGCCAGACGAAUAUCAUCCUGGCCAUCACCCAUGAGCUGCUUGUCAGAGGAGACGUCGACGUCCAUAUUGCCUCAUUCCCUGCGUUGGAAAGACGGGUGAACAAACUCUUGAAUGACAAUGCCCCUUCAUAUAAUGACUCGUUUCGAUCGCGCAUCCAUUUCCACCCUAUUCGCGGCCCCUCCAAUACAGACGUGUUCAUUCGCACGGGCAAACGAGGAGCGUUCCAUCCUCCUGGGUACAGCGGCGCCGUGCUUGGCUUCCAGUCGCUAUGCGAAGACAUCUGGGGCUGGACAGAAGACGAAUAUGUCGAUAUCUACCAGUGCUGUAUGGAAAUCAUCAAAUCUGUACAGCCUUCGGUAAUUGCAGCCGACUUUUUCUUCCUGCAGGGCCGCGAUGCCGCUUUCAACGCUGGCUACACGGCCAUCUUGAUCAAUACCACAUCGCUCACUCAUAUCGUCCUGGGCCUGCAGCCACACUCCGCUGCUCUGUGGAAGUACCCUUUACCCGGAACUGGAUUCCCCUACCCGCUUCCUCCGCACCUCAUCCCGCUCAACACACUGGCCGUGCUCAAAACAGCCAAAAUGUACCAUGGCAGCGGUCGCCGUCGCGAAAUCCGCGAAUGGCGCAUCCGGCACAAAAUCCAUGGUCGGUUCCCUUUUGCUGAUGCCUGGCGACCGGACCGAUUCCACCUGUCACCAGCGCUGAAAGAGCUGGACUGGCCCAUGGACGUGCCGGACAACAUCCUCCCGUGCGGACCAAUUCUCCUUCCCACCGCAUCGGUAGAAAAGCAGGACCCGGAACUCGCAAGCUGGCUGCGCAAGGCGCCGACUGUCUUGGUUAAUCUGGGAACGCUGUACGCGCCAGACCCAAAGGUAGCGGAGAAUAUUGCGAGCGGAUUGAAAAUGUUCCUCACUUCCUGGAAGGGAGAGAAGGUUCAGAUUCUGUGGAAGUUGCCUAAACAUCCACAUGACGAGGAGAAUGUCUAUGCUCAGUCGAUCAAGCCCCUUCAGGCUGAGGUAGAGGCAGACAGCGCGCGCAUCCGACCUUGGUUCGAGGUUGAGCCGAUGGCUAUGCUGCAGACGGGUCAGAUCGUCUGCUCUGUUCAUCAUGGAGGUGCGAACUCGUGGUAUGAAGCAAUUCAAAAUGGUGUGCCUCACGUGGUGCUGCCUGCGUGGCAAGACUGUUACGAGAAUGCAGCUCGAGCGGAAUGGCUCGGAAUUGGUGUCUAUGGCAAUAAGAGCCGUGCGCCUAACAUUGAUGCCAAAGAACUGAGCAAGGCGUUGCUCAAGGUCAUGGGAAACAAGUCGUACAAAACCAAGGCACUCGAAUUGGCCAAGCUUUGCAAAAAGAAGGAAGGCCGUGUAGCGGCUGCCGAGAAGAUUGUCGAGCUGGCGCUCAACCCAGACAGAAUGGCCAUGCACAUGCCAGAGGUGAAGGUCGAAGACACCAAGCGCCCCCUCUACGAGAUCAAGAAUCGUGCUGGGAUGGUCCUCGAAACCGCUCAACCCUCUGAAACCAAGGGCAAAUCCGCCCGUGUACCGGUUCUUCGAGAUAUCAAAGAAACCCUCGUCGUGACUACACUAUGCAACGCCUGGUUUCUCUUCCCACUACUGGGAUACUCUCUUCUCCUCGUCCCUCGACUGCGUCUCUUCGUCUUCCUCUACAUCCUCUACAUCAAAUAUCUCGCCAAAGCACACAAAACCGGCACCUUAUCUCUCCGCAACGACCGCCUCCGCACAUCCUGGAUCUGGAAAGCCUACGCCUCCUACUUCCCCCUCCGCCUCUACCGCUCGGCACCCCUCUCCCCCCGCAAAAAGUACAUCUUCGGCUACCAUCCCCACGGCAUCGCCCUCCGAGGCGCAGUCGGGACCCUAGCCGCCGACGCAGCCGGAUUCUCCGAUCUCUUCCCCGGCCUCACGAACACGCUCCUGAUGAAAGACGAGGCGUUCUACCAGCCUCUGUACAGGGAGUACCUCCUCUCCAGCGGGAUUAGCGGCGUGUCCCGCUCGUCGUGUAUCCGACACCUUACCCGCGGGGGACAUGAUGGGCAGGGUAUGGGCCGGGCGAUUACCAUCACCGUCGGCGGAAGUCGCGAGUAUAACCUUGCCCGGCCGGGGACGAUGUGUGUGGUCGUCCGCAUCCGCAAGGGGUUUGUCCGGGUGGCGGUUGAGACGGGGGCAGAUCUCGUUCCUGUUAUUGCCUUCGGGGAGAAUGAGCUCUUCGAUUGUGUGGAUGUGUCCUCGUCGACUGUGCUGGGGGUUGUGGCUAGAGUCUGGGAAUGGGCUGUUGGACACAAGGUCGCGUUUUCGACUGGUCGGUUCAACAUCUUCUGUCCGUAUCGGCGGCCGGUGGAUGUUGUUGUUGGGGAGCCGAUUCCUGUGAUGCAGCAGCGGUGGGAUCCGGAUCAGAAGUAUAUUGAUCGGUUGCAUGAGGAGUAUAUCAAGGCACUGCAGAAGUUGUGGGAUGAUUGGAGGGAUGCAUUUGGUGUAGACCGGUCUGUGAGGUUUCAGAUUGUUGAAUGA